UUUAUUUCGCAGCGUAUGUAACUGCCAAAAACCACCCGACUCCCCUUAUCUUUCGACACUACUCUCUCUCUCCUCCUUCGCUUUCUCUCUCUCUCCAUCUGCUUCCCAUUUCUCUCUUCUUCUAACUCUUCAAUCUCAGGAGAAACAAACAAAAUCGAAAAUCCAGAAAAUGGGCGCAACAGAUAAUCAGGGUUCGUUUCUGAACCGAAUCAGUAUCCGACGAAACCAGGUGGUUUCCAUGGACGGAAACCACGAACAGGAACUCGAAGACCUCGAACACUUCCAGAAGCACGUGGCGGAUCGUUUCUCCGACCUCCUAUCUCCGCCGGAGGACUGCCCGUCCGACCCAAUUUUAUCCAUCGCUUGGGUCCGGAAGCUCCUCGACGUCUUCCUCUGCUGCGAGGCCGAGUUCAAGGCCGUUCUGCUGAUGGGUCGGGACCCAUCACAGAUUUCCAAGGCACCGCUCGACCGGCUUGUCCCUGAAUUCUUGGACCGCGUUGUCAAAGCUCUGGACAUUUGCAACGCGGUCUCCCAUGGGAUCGAGUCGGUCAGGCAUUUUCAGAAGCUGGCCGAGAUUGCAGUCUCUGCUUUGGAACAGAGGCCGCUUGGGGAUGGCCAGGUUCGGAGGGCUAAGAGGGCGUUGCAUUCGCUGGUAACAGGGAUGGCGGUGGAGGACAAGGAAGGAGGUGGAAACAAAGCCACCGAGAGAACCUGGUCUUUCGGCCGCAGACAGGGCAUUUCCGCCCCGAGUAAAGACCGAGCUGUCGGGCAUUUUCGGGCCUUGUCGUGGGGUAUGUCUAAAGGCUGGUCCGCCGCAAAGCAAAUUCAAGCGAUGUCGAGCAACUUGGUGGCGCCGAAAGGCAAUGAGGCUUCUGGAUUGGCUCAGCCAGUUUAUAUAAUGAGCACGAUUAUGGUGUUUGUGAUGUGGAUGUUGGUGGCGGCAAUUCCGUGUCAAGAGAGGACCGGGUUGAUGACUCACCUUCCGGUUCCGAGGAAUUUAUCUUGGGCGCAGUCCAUGAUCGGGAUUCAGGAGAAGAUCGCCGAGGAGUGGAAGAAGAAAGAGAAGAAGGGGUCCGCUGGUUUGCUUGAGGAGAUGCAGAGGAUGGAGAAAUUGGGGCAGUCUUUGAUUGAAUUUUCGGACUCGUUUCAGUUCCCCGCAGAGGCGGAGAAGCUGGAGGAGGUGGCCGCGCAGGUGGCAGAGCUGGUGGAGAGCUGUAGGAGGAUGGAGGAGGGUUUGGUGCCUUUGCAGAUGCAGAUCAGAGAGUUGUUUCAUAGGGUGGUGAGGAGCAGGACUGAGGUGCUUGAGGUUUUGGACCAAGGCGGUAAACCCUCAGCGCCCAUCAUGUAAUAAUACUUGGGCACUCACCAGUCACAAAUUCUCUUUCACUGGCGUCAUAUUGCUCAAUGAGCCAUGAAGAAUUGGAAGAUGGUUUUUUUGGUUUUUUUUUUCGAUCUUGGAAAGUGGAUUAGUAUAGUUACUAGAAGCGUUCCUUUUCGUAGGAGUAUAUAGCUAAUAGCCUAAUGGCUUCAGUCUAUAAGGUUGUGCUGAAGUAUAUGCAUUGCUUAUCUACUCUGUUCCCCCCCUCUUCAUUUUUGGUGUUAAUUUUUGUUUAUUUGAGUACAGAAACUCUAAUUGAAAAGAGAAAAUGUACAUACCCAAUUCAGUUGGUGUUUUCUCUUUUCUGUUUGGUUAAACUUUAAAUGAUCAGACCCAGUAGUUCUUCAGUUCUCUUAUU